AUCCAAACCCGUGAAAGAGGGUAGAGCUAGAACAAUAGAAGCACAAAUCCUGUCCGUUCAUUUACAUCUUGAAGUGAGUUAGGGUUUAUCGGGGGAUAGGCUUUGAAUCGCUCUACUCCGAUGGCUAAACCCGCCCGCGGCCGCCCGGCGUCGCCGUCGGGAUCAGAUUCUCGCUCUUCCUCCCGCUCUCGUUCCCGUUCUUACUCCGGAUCAGGCUCCCGCUCCACUUCCAGGUCGCGUUCCCGCUCCCGUUCUAAAUCCAUAUCCUCCUCUUCUCCUUCUCGUAGCGGCAGCUCCCACAGCCCUCCGCCGCGGAAAAGCCCUGCUGAAGGAGUUAAGAGAGGUCGCUCACCUCCACCACAAACCAAGAAAUCUUCCCCACCUCCAAGGAAAGCUUCGCCUGCUCCUGAAUCUCUGGUGCUGCAUGUGGACCAGCUUAGUAGGAAUGUUAACGAAAACCACUUGAAAGAAAUAUUUGGUAAUUUUGGUGAAGUGGUGAAUGUACGGCUUGCCAUGGAUUAUGCUGUUAACCUUCCAAAAGGAUUUGCAUAUGUUGAGUUCAAGAUUAGGGCAGAUGCUGAAAAGGCCCAGUUAUAUAUGGAUGGUGCUCAAAUAGAUGGUAAAGUUGUUCGGGCAAAGUUUACAUUACCUGAGAGAAAGAAGGUUGCUUCUCCUCCCAAAGCUGUCGCCACCACAUCAAGGAGAGAUGCCUCAAAAGCUGAAGAUACUGCUACAGAUGGUGAUAGAGAUGUAGGAAAACGUGCAAGAGAUGCUUCUCCUCGUCGAAAGCAACCAUCUCCUCUUCGAAGAAGAUCUCCUGGACCACGAAGAGGAUCUCCUAGACGAGAGCAAGAUUCUCCACCCCCACCUCGCCGUAGAGCUGAUUCCCCCUACCGGCGAGGUGAUUCCCCUCCAAUCAGGAGAAGGCCUCCACUAUCUCCUGCCAGAGGCCGUUCGCCUUCUCCUCCGAGACGCUUCCGGUCACCACCAAGGUCAUCUCCUAGAAGAAUACGCGGUAGUCCUGUUCGUCGGCGAUCCCCUCCUCCACCUAGACGACGUUCACCAAGGCGUCUUCGAAGUCCUCCAAGAAGGUCUCCUGUUGGUCGCAGACGUUCUCGCUCUCCUAUUAGAAGGCCAGCUCGUUCGCCAUCACGAUCACCCUCCCCUAGAAGAGGUCGAGUGCCGCCUUCUAAACGUGGGAGGUCUUAUUCUUCUUCAUCGCCUAGUCCGCGCAGGGGACCUCGCAGGGUAUCACGGAGUCGGAGCCGUAGCCGUAGCCGGAGCCCUCGAAGGCCUAUUAGAGGGAGGAAUGACAGCACCAGCAGCAGCAGCACCAGCAGUUCUCCUCCGCCUAAGCCAUAAAUCAUGAUACAAUCAAGCUGUGUUGAGUUUCAGCAGUGCUCUAUAAUUUGGGGGAACUUUUGUAAUCCCUAGUUCGUGCCUGGAUGCUGUCAAUUAGACAUUUGUUGUAGUGAGAUACUAUUCUCCAAUGUAAUUUAGGGACCUGCUUCAAUGAUUAUAUUAAUGCCUUUUUGCUGAUU